AUGGCAUCGGGUUCGAGCUCUUGGACUGUGUUGCAGAGAAAGAAAUCGGCGGAUUUCACUGCAUCGAAGGCCCGAAACAUUAGCUUGUGCAGCAGGGUUAGAUCUGAAUCUGAAUCUGUUAAUCGAUGGGAUUCCGGGGAUGUAAUUGACGUUUACCCGCCGGCCGUUGACGGGGACGUGACCAGCGGGCUCUGUCCAGAAGGAGACGUUUACCAGGUUGUGUUUGCGGGCGAUCUUUUCGGGCCAGAUGCAGAGACUGUCGGCGACCAGGAAAUAGUCGGAAUUUGGCUCGUCCACGUGGUCCGGCAGCUGGUACAUGAACGAUUCGAGGUGCCGGUCGAAAUUGGCGGCCCGGUCGUAAUCGAUUGGGAGCCCGUCGCUGAGGGUCGUGUAGCGGAUGUCGAGGCCAGAAGCCCGGGCCCGGGAGAAGACGUCGGCGUCAGAUGCGGCGGCGGCGGCUGUGGUGGGGGGUUGAGAUUUCGAGAUCUGGCGGUGGACGAAGUGGAGAUGGGCGAAAGUGAUGGUGAAGCCAUUGGAAGCUAG